UGUAACUGUCUUCAUGCAGGGUUCUCUCAGCUGGUGAGAACACAGCAGGUUGUCACAGCAACCCUGGGAGAGGACGCUCACUUCAGCUGCAGGCUCAUGAGACCCAAAGACGUGCUUCAAGUCACCUGGCAGAAAGUGACACCAGGGGCGAUUGAAAAUGUGGCCACCUACAACAAACGAUUUGGACCAGUAGUCAACCCACCUUUUAAGGGGAAAGUGGAGUUUGAAGACGAGGGUCUGCAGAACUGCUCUAUCAUCAUCAGAGGAGUGUCAAGAGGAGACGAGUCCUGCUACAAGUGUCUGUUUAACGCCUAUCCAGAUGGAGCUAUCAGUGGCAGGACCUGUCUCCGAGUUAAUGGUAAAAUAUGAGGGGUUAAAGGGACAUUACACUCUAAAAUCAAAAUGGUAUAAUGUGGAUUCACCUUAACACUAGACUACUUUUGAGGUCUUAAAACAAUGUGUUAUAUCCCUUUAAAACAGGAACAAUGGCCUCCAAAUGCCUUCAAUCCAUUGUUCAACCUUGACCUGUGUGCAAAUGAUUAACCCAGGAACAAUUCCCUCAAAUCAUCAUGCAUCCAUUUGACCUUGAUGUACAUGAAAACAUUAUAGUAUUUACAUUCACUGUGAUCUGUGUCUGUUGUUGUUCUGUAGAGCUGUAUGGACCCUCACUCCUCAUCACACAAACCAACAACAGUCACACCACUCUGUCCUGUUCUGCUACUGGACGACCUGCUCCUAUAGUGACCUGGGAAGACUCAGAAAUUCUAGAAAAUUUCACAAUUGCCAAUGUCACCCAUCCCAAUGGAACUGUCACUGUCACCAUAACUGCCACGGUGGCAGCAUUCAGUCUCCCUGACAAAGACACCAUGGUUAGGUGUGUAGUGUCAUCCGGCGGUGCCAUCAAGCAGCGUUCCAUGGUGAUUCCAGCUAGGGAUCAAGCUUCAUUUGCAGGUGAGAAAUGGUUAGGGUUUACACCACCAUAAUAUAUUGACAUGAUCAGGAUGAUGUCAUGAUGAUGUACUGCCUGUGUUCAUGAUGAAGUACUGCCUUUGUUCAUGAUGAAGUACUGCCAGUGUUCAUGGUGAAGUACUGCCGGUGUUCAUGAUGAAGUACUGCCUGUGUUCAUGAUGAAGUACUGCCUGUGUUCAUGAUGAUGUACUGCCUGUCUUCAUGAUGAAGUACUGUCUGUGUAUUUCUAUGUUAGGUCAAUCUCAGGUUUCUGAUGAUGACUGGAUCAGUGGUAAGUGGUUGUUAUUCUAA